CCUAAAAAUUAAUAGAUAAUUUGUUAGAUAAAGUCUUCUUUCUCCCCUAAAUUUAUUUAUUAAAAAAAAAAAAACCACUCUCAAAGCUUGCUAGGGUUCUUGGCCAUCCUCGAUUUUUCUCUUUCGUAAACUCACAAAAUGUGGAGCAGAAGCCGCGUAAAAAUCAUCGAAUUGAGUUCCUUAUGGAGAAGAUGGAUGAGUUUAUCGGCCAAGUCCGGAAGGAGAUUCGCGGCGGUGUGGGGAAAUGGGGAUUACGGGAGGUUGGGAGUUGGAAGCUUGGAGUCUCAAUGGAGGCCUAGGGCUGUCUUUCCCCCUGCAUUCCGAAACCAAAGCGUCAAGGCUAUUGCCUGCGGCGGUGCCCACACCCUCUUCUUGGCAGAAACGGGCCGGGUUUUUGCCACCGGUCUUAAUGACUUUGGACAGCUUGGUAUAUCUGAGAAUAUCCGUUAUGUAAAGGUGCCACUUGAAGUUUCAGGGCUAAAGAAGGAAAUUGUGCUAGUUUCAGCUGGAUAUCAUCACUCUUGUGCCAUUACAGUGGAUGGUGAACUCUAUAUGUGGGGGAAGAACUCAAACGGGCAGCUUGGCCUGGGAAAAAAGACAGCAAAAAUAGUUCCUUUUCCAACUAAAGUAGAAUACUUGAGUGGAGUCGUCAUCAAAUCUGCAGCUUUAGGUUCAGAGCAUUCAGUUGCUGUAACUGAUGGAGGUGAGGCCUUAAGUUGGGGUGCAGGAGGAUCUGGUAGACUUGGUCAUGGUCAUGAAUCAAGAAUUUUUGGGUUUUUAACAACAACCAGUGAAUAUACACCAAGACUUAUCAAGAAACUCGAUGGAGUGAAGGUUGAAAAAGUUGCUGCUGGGUUGCUUCAUUCAGCAUGCAUUAAUGAAAAUGGGUCUUUAUUCAUAUUUGGGGAGACAGCAGUUAACAAGUUGGGUUUUAGUGAGGUAAAGGAUACCAAAACACCCUCCUUGAUCAGCACACUACCACAUUUAGAAGAUGUUGCAUGUGGUGGCUAUCACACAUGUAUUAUAACAAGAAGUGGUGAACUUUAUGCUUGGGGCUCAAAUGAGAAUGGUUGUCUUGGCAUCGGUUCUACUGAUGUCUUUCAUCUACCUGAAAGAGUUGAAGAUCCCUUUUUAAAAUCUCCUGUUUGCAAGGUGUCUUGUGGUUGGAAGCAUACGGCUGCAAUUUCGGAUGGCAAGAUCUUCACCUGGGGAUGGGGAGGAUCUUAUGGAACAUUUUCUGAGGAGGGGCAUUCUUCUGGUGGACAAUUGGGUCAUGGGAGUGAUGUUGAUUACACAAAGCCCACUAUGGUCAACAUUGGAGAAAAUAUGAAGGCCCUGCAAGUGUCAUGUGGAUUUAAUCACACUGGUGCCAUUCUUGAAUGUUACUAAUCUUUGACUACGUUUCUUCUGCGCAAGAAGAAAUGGUUCAUUAUUUGCUAAGUGGAAGGUAUGGCUUGGAUUCUUGAAGCUUACCGCUUACAAAACCAUCUUUUGUCAACAACUCAACUAAACGUCAUGUUUGUUCAUGUCUUGAGAACACCAGAAGUACACACACAUUAACCGUUCACCUAAUUUAGUCAAUACAUAUCAUCUUAUUGUAAUCAAGCGUAAAAAUAAAUCAUACAUGGUUAUGCAAUAAAAUAUCGAGUCAUGCAAAGGGACAUUUCUUUCGCAUUCGGUAGAGCCGCGGGCCCAAAAUGUUUUCAUUUUCAUGUUAACUCAUGAAUAUCUCUGGUUGUAAAUAAAUGAUAACUAGAAAAUGAUCUUACACUGAUGCGGUUCUUAAUUCUUUUGUUAGUAAUUCAUGUUGAAGCUCUCCUGUACAUGCUAUCACUUUGAUGUCUGCAAAUAGUUAGCGGAUUAUGUGAUUCUCCUUUCAGUAACAGAUAAUUUGUCUAGGACGCUGUUUAUGUGAUGUAAUUUGUGACAGUGGUAGUUCAAUGUUUCUGUGAUCCAAUUUGAGCGUGAAUUUGAUGGUCAAAUAAUAUGUUGUUGCUUUUUUGUAUGUUUCGCAUGACAAAAUGAAGGUUGCUCAAUUGGAUCUUACUGUACGUGAGCCUAGAAGUAAUUUAGUUACUGUUUACGCAUAUUAUUUCACCAAUCACUGUUUACUUGUGCUGUUCAUGAAUCACUGUUUACACAUUGUUUACGCAUAUUGUUUACGUAUUACUGUUCACACACCAUACUUUAAUUACUUUAAUAGGGAGUUCUAUGGAAUAUGUGAAUUAUGUAUGUGGAUAUAUUAGUGUGAACUUGAAUUUUUAGUAUCACUGAUUAUUGGGAACAUUGAAUGGGAUAAUAUUUUAUAUUAUUUUGGACAUAUUCUAGACAUAUUUUGAAUUUAUUUGACAUUUGUAUGUGUUUGUGGUUAUGGAGUAAGUGGACCUAAGCUUAAAGCUUGAGGUAUACAAUGGACCCUUUGGGGUAUACAAUGGAUCUUUCGGGAUAUUCAGUGGACUUCUGCGCAGUAGGGUUUGUACUAUGAUUAGCUCUGGUCUAACGGUCUCAGAACUAAAGUUUAUAGUUUAAACUUAAUAUUUACUGGGUUUUUAGCUUAUAAAAUUUCUUUUCAUUUUAGAUUAGUAGAUUGGAGUAGCAGUCAAUCAGCUUGAUAGCUUUUGGUAUAAAUCUUGUAUGUCGAU